UCCAACACAUUCGGAUAUGGAACGCGGGGAUCGGGUUAUUUAGCGCAAAAGAGCUAAAAGGCCUUGAAAUAAAAAAGCCUUGGGAAUUUAUUUGUCAGGCAUAUUCGGAAAAUUGUCACUCACCUAGAAAACUUGUACAAGAGUUAAAUCGUGGCAAAAUGGCAGAUGAUGAGCAGCCGCCACCACCAGUCACACAGACAGUAGAAGAGCCUCUUGAUCUGAUUCGAUUGAGUUUAGACGAAAGGGUUUAUGUAAAAAUGCGAAACGAACGAGAACUUCGUGGUCGACUACAUGCAUACGAUCAACAUCUUAACAUGGUUCUCGGAGAAGUAGAAGAAACCGUGACAGCAGUUGAAAUAGAUGAAGAAACUUAUGAAGAAAUUUAUAAACAAACUAAAAGAAACAUUCCAAUGUUGUUUGUGCGUGGUGAUGGAGUAAUCCUGGUGUCGCCACCUCUUCGAGGAAUGGCAUGACACUGUUCUGAUAGUUUUCAUCAUUGCACAAAUAUUUUGCAAAUAACUGAAUCAUGUUCAAUGUUGCAUGAGCAGCAUCCUUUAAAACAGAGGAAUACAUUUAACCACAGCCAGUUAUGCUGAAAUUUAAUAGGGGAGACAAAAUUGAACGAAACACAGUACAAUUUCCUAAUAAAAUUGGUGUCGACUGUCGCACCACAAACUUUGCUUGAUUCAUACUUUUAUUGUUAAUAAGUGCUUUAAAUUUCUUUUUCCUUCGAUAAUAUCUGACUAAAAAGGCAUACAACAAUCAUGGAGUAUGUAUGAUUAACAGACAUUUAGAUUG